AUGGAUGCCGUUCGAAACACCGUGCGUCGAGUCUCAAAGCGACUUCUCAACAAGAAGACUGAAGCCGAUAAGGCCAUCAAAGAGAAGCAGGAUGCAGCUGCUGCAACUGCUGCCCCUUCCGCCCGCCCCUACGGGGUCCACCCAGUCCGAGAGCCGUCAGGGCUCUUCUCAAACCGCGAAACGACGGAAGCUUCAGAAGAAGCCCCCGGGCCCUUCGAAGCCCACCCCCAGUAUCGGACAAUGAAACCGAUUGGGGAAUACCCAUCGACCGCGGAGUACCGAGCUGCUGGUGUAGCUCCUCCCUCUGAACGGGCGCAACGCGUCGCGACCGUGCCGACCAGCGACCCGCGCAAUGAAGCUACUCGCCCUUCCCCCGUCAACGGGGUUGAGAGCCUCACAGCCGACAAAGAUCAUUUUGAUGUCGCUGAAGAAGCGUCACUUGCCUCAAUCUCGCGCGAAGUCGAAACCAUGGCCAAUCGGGCCGUUCGCAACAGCACCACCCCGGCCGAUGCAGCCACUCCUACCUCUACCUCCCCGGGCGCGGACGACACCAACAAGUACGUCACCGUGCUGAUGUCUCUUCCUUUCCAUCCCUCCGACAAAUAUGAUGUUCGCAAACUCCGCGCUCUUAUCAAGCAAUCCAUCAUCAACGCAACCAAGGAUGACAAGGAGCUGGUUGCCGUCACCCUUCUUUACUUCUGGUCCAAUGCUGUGGACGAUGAAUUCCAACUUUCUUUAGUUGCCAACAUGGCCGAUGGUGAAGGAGAUCAGCAAAAGCAAUUUAGCCUCCAAGCCAUCCUUAACGAGUCUAGUCAAGAAGCCCAACAGUGUGAAUCAAGCAUGCCAUCUGCCAAUUCUAUUGACGCAGAGCCCAGCUUCAAGGUCUCCGAUAUUUAUCGCGACACAAGUGGUCCUCGUGUUGAGGAAGCUUUCCUGAGCGGCAAAUCGAAUACCGCUCCACUCAAGAGACCCAAGAAGCCAUGCCGAGUCAAUGAGAAUGCUUACAAACGUAAGCGCCAAUGGGAGAUGGAUCCUGAUCACGAGGAAAAGAUGCGAAUUGUGCGUGCUCGUCUUCAAGCACAGUCUUAUUCGGAAAAUGACGCGGUUGUUCGGUACAGUGCAAUUCGCACCCAGAUUGGUCCUCCAGAUGCCAUUCAACAUCCCUACAACAUGGAGAACAUCGACACUGGUGUCGAUAAGGAUAUCGAGGAGAUCAAUCGUUCGCGCUCCCUCCCCGCCCAAACUUCUAUCCUCGACAUCCCUAUUUCCAAGGGUCCGGAGCCCGAGGCUCCGUCUGUCUAUUCACCAUCUGCUUCGGUCAUCGCUCGCAAGGCUGGCCAGCCUGUCUCACGACGCCAGAAAGCAAAGGCUAAGGCUCCUGAGCACCCACAGCGUGCGCGGUCGCUUUCUGUUGAUACCACAAUCUCAACUCUUUCUUCGCUCUCAAAUUCUUGCUACUCAGUUCGAUUUAACAACUGGUCUGGCGACCAUGAACCACGCCAAAACCCGAAUUCUAUUGAACCCCCCGACAACAGCGACGAUUGCCACCAAUGUGGAAAAGGUGGCGAUUUACUCUGCUGCGACACAUGUAUUAAUUCUUACCAUUUCGAAUGCUUGGAUCCCCCCUUGGAUCCCAAGAAUCCGCCAAAGGGAGAGUGGCACUGCCCCCAGUGUUCCAUUCGCAACAGUUUCUCGACCCUGAUCGCACACUCCAAACACUACAAGAAGACAGAGUUCCAACUUCCCCAGGAUGUCAAGGAACAUUUCGAGGGAGUGGAUGAAGGAGUUGUGUUUGAUGAAGACUAUGCCCGGAAUUUGAAGCAUCAACGUUACUACAAGUCCGCGCCCCACCUGCCGCGGCUGACUAAAGCACCCAAGCAGGACGGCCCUAUUAUUUACGCGAAUCCCAUGCUUCUCCGUGAAUACGACAACAAGGGAGACUGCAUCCGUUGCUCCAAGUGUGGUUUUACAUCCCAAGGUACACGUCCCAUUAUUACUUGCGACUACUGUCCUUGCCGCUUUCAUCUGGAUUGCCUUGAUCCUCCCCGCGCACAUCCCCCUAACCCAAAGGUCGGGUGGAUGUGUCCUAAUCAUGUCACGCCUGACGAUAUGAUUGCCACCAAGGAUCUUAAUGGCAGCGAUGAGCGUAUCCGCCGUAUUCGUCGAACCAAGAACAUGGCCUUCAUUGAUUGUGACAUCAUGGUUCCUGACGACCCAAAUCAGAGUUUGUUUGACGAAGACUGGAGAGAGAAACGAGCCCGUUUCCUCGGAGGUGAUGUCUGCUUGAAUUUCAUCACUGCUGUCAAAGAAGAUCACCAUGAAAGUCAAAAGAAAUAUGCCAAAGAUGUUGAGCAAAAGUGCUUGGACUUGACCAAGCAAAUCACCAAUGACUACAUCAACCGUGCUGAAACCGCCGGAUCCAGCACCAACAUCACCCAAACAGGUCUUCCCACCGACCUCUCCCGAAAUGUUUCUUACGCUGUUAACAGCAUGAUCGUCGGCGCUCCCGUUUCCAAUGACGAGUUUGACGCUGCCGCUGCUCUCCUCAGCAUGGCUGCAAGCCAGCCUGCUCCUCCUGUUCCUGCUGUCGGCGAAGGCCACAUCGCCGCAGCUGCCGGGCCUACCUCGCCCGUUGCUCAGAAGACUUCGUCCGGCAUUGAUGAGGAGUCCACCUUGGGAUCCUCUCACGCUGCCAAUUCUCCCCCCCCUCAACCCCGAAUCCUCCCGCCCUCCUUCGGAGUCGCACCCCGACUCCGAGGUUCUCCCCCGGAUCCCUGUGUUCAAUCGCAAGCGAUCCCGCGCUGCUGA